UUUCUCGAUCAAAAUUCUCUCCCCCUUUUUAAUUCAGGCUGACGAUAUGGUGGAAGGCGGCGGUGGUCCGGCGUUUCCGGUGGUGUUUUUCGACGGCGAGCGGGAGAUGAACAUCGGAGAGGUCAGAGUCAAUCCGACGCUCGAGUACAAGCCGUUUCAACUCAUGCUAAGCCAGAAGAUCGGGAUUUCCCCCAACCAAAUCUCCAUCUACCUCGUCGACCGGAGGAAGAACCCUAAGUCGCCGUUCUCGGAGGACCGCCGCCGGAUUCCGAUCACGGGGAAGGUCAACUUCGCUCUAAUCUGCCGUCAGAAGGAGUGCUGCUUCCUGGUCGUGCUGAAGAGGUCUAGGAAGUCGAGGAAUCGGAGGGAGAAGGCGAUGACCGGGCUCGACCUCGCCGACUUACUGCCGGGGAGCGAGUUUCCCCGGCCGGCGAUGCAUUUGGCGCCGGAAAAUCUGAUAUUGCUCCGGAGAAAUCAGCAGGUUCCGUUUCACGAGCGGUUGCAGGGGUUGGGAUCUGAGAGAGUGAAUUGUGAAAUGGCAAUGGCGAGGGGGAAUUUGGACGCUGCUUAUUUCCGGAGUUCGGGUCACAACUCUCCUCCGGGGACGGUGUAUUGUGAGGAGUGUGUGAACGCGGAGAAGAAUGGGGAAACGCCGUCGUUUCAUCCCUGCGCAAACGACGCCGUAGUAACCUGGCUGCCCGCGCCGUUGGGGCCGAUUUGUCGGCCGAAUAAUCCGGCUCCUUGAGGCAUGUUCUCUGAUACUACACGAUUUAGUUUUUCUUUUUAUUUACGUUUUAGGAUCAGAUUCAGAGAUGGAAUUGGGUGAAGUGGAAUUAAGAAUUUUUGUGGUUCAAUUGGGCAUAACACGGAGUGGUUUAUACACGUGACCUCCAUUCAAGAAAUGUGUGAAGGAAUUGUGCCAGAGUUUGUUGAUUGUUUCGUCAAAUCCAUAGAAGGUUGGAUGUUUUUUGCCGAGAAUUGGAAUUGAAUCUCGGAUGAAAUUAGGGUUUUAAUUCUCAUCUUGUCUUGUUUUUCAAUUUGUAGAAAGUAUUACUAGUAGAAAACAGAGGAAGUAGUAGGGAGGAGGAUUCUGUACAUUGCCCUCGUUUUGGUGCCUACGUUUGGCCGAUGUUGGUAGAAAUCUCUCUUAUUCCUUUUGUUUUUUUGAA